AUGUCCCUCUCUCCGUCGUUGCGUGCGUCCGCCAGGGCAGCAUACAGGGACUUUCUCAGGGCUUGCAAUGUUACCUUUACUGGAGAUGUCCCGGUGAAGAAUGCGUUCAGAGCGAAAGUGCGCAACGACAUCUUGCUCACUACCCCGGCGGUCGACCAGAAGACCUGGGAAGAAAAGAUUGCCCUUACAAGAGAGAUCUCCGACGUGCUAAGGAAGAACGUCGCUCAAGUGCGCAAGAUCGAGGACGUUUCAGAGGAGAAAUGGAAACUUAGAAUCACUGAACACACCGAGCUCGGCAACAAUAGCACUAUUAAGAACCCGCCGCUAAUAGAGUCCAGUCGUAGGGCGCGGAGACGAGUCAAGUACGUCUUCAUUCUUGUUCUUGUCUUCGGCUCACUAAUAUGUGCCAGCACAUCCCCCACACCAUCUUCCCUGUCUGUGCCACGAUAUUAUUCCCAGCUUAGAAAGGCGGCCAAAGAGCGGAAGAUUCCUGAGCUUAAAGAAGAAGACAUAGAGGAGACGUUUGUUAGAGGAAGUGGACCUGGUGGCCAGUCCAUCAACAAAACCGAGAACAACGUGCAGCUGGUUCACAAACCCUCUGGCAUUCGUGUGACCUGUCAGGAAACACGUUCCUUGACUCAGAACCGGAAGAUUGCGCGCAAGAUUUUGCUGGACAAGUUGGACCAGAUAUAUAAUCCUGGGCUCUCGAAGCAGGAGAUGCUUAAGGCUAAACAGCAGGAGCGAGAGCGGAGGCGCAAGAAGAAGGCACGAAAGAGGGUAAAGGCAAAGGCUGCUAAAGAAGAGAACGAGAAUGAGGACGAUACUAGUGGCUGCUGA